AUGAGUCAUUCACAGUCGCAUCAGGCAUCAGAGGGAAGCAUAGAGCCUCGCCACCAGCAAUGCUGUGUCCAAGCUGCGGUAUACAUGAGUAAUUUGUACCAUCACAACCUAGCGCAGCUGCAAAAUGCACAUCGCCACCUUCAAGCGACUCAAAACGAAGUUGGAAAUGCACGACGCCAAAUCGUCACGACAGAGCAAGAACUACAACGGGAACGGGACACAAGUGAACUCCUCAACCAGCAACUCAUGGAGCUGCAAGCGUGUCACUACAAGCUUCAAAAGGAACAUGAAAUGCUCAACCAAUCCGUAAAAGACUCGAAAAUGUUCGCCGACGAGGUUGCUAAGAAAGCCGAAAGUCUGAUGAACAACUGUCGAACCAGGUUGGCUGGAGGCCAUACAUGGGCAAAUCGUUUUUAA